AUGGAGGCGCGGCGGUUCGGCUUCGGCGCGUCCAUGCCGCCGGCGAACAAGUUCGACCCGACGGACGAGGACAUCGUGGCGCAGUACCUCCUCCCGCGCGCCGCCGGCGUGCCCAACGCGUACGAGCACGCCGUCAUCGACGACGACCCCUACAGCUGCCCGCCGUGGGAGCUGCUGCGGCGCCACGGCCACGCCGGCAGCGACCAGGCCUUCUUCUUCGUUCCGCCGCGCGACAUGGCGCGGAACGCCGGCCGCGUCAGCCGCGUCGUCAGCGCCGCGGCGCCCGGCGGCGUCGGCGGCGUGUGGCGCGGGCAGAAGGGCGAGGACAAGGCGCUCGUCAUCGUGCGCGGCGACGCCCGCGGCCCCGAGCUGACGGUCACGUUCCGGCGGUACAACCUGUCGUACUACAGGAAGGGUGACCGGAGGUCCAGCGGGUGGGUCAUGCACGAGUACCACGUCGUCCACCCGGAGCUGCGCCCCGGCGCCGUGGUCGCGCGCAUCAAGAUCACCGAGAGGGCCAAGAAGAUGGGAAAGAGGGAGCAGCAGCUGCAGGAGGAGGACGCCGUUAUCGCCAGGGCGGCGGCCGCCCUCACUCCGGGACCAGAGCAGCCGGGCCCCAGCAAUUACUUCGUCUCCGAGUCCGACUACGGCCAUGCCGCCGGGAACGCCUUCGUGGCGAGCGUUGUUGGCGAGGGAAGCGGCGACAAUUUCCUCCAAGAAGACGGCAGCGGCUGCUAUUUCCUCCAAGACGACGGCGGCAAUGGAGAUUGA